AUGAGCGUCCAUACAGCAGUGGAUAGUGCAGAAAAUAAUACGCCGACCGCGACCUCAGACGAAAUGUCGAAUGAGGAACCCGAUGCGAAAGUAGACUCAGGCCAUGAAAUCCCCAGCGCGGUGCCCAAGGCGACUACCGAUACAACUUGUUCCCCCAAUGCGCCCGACAAUGUCCCCGACCGGGGGUAUUCACGUCUAUCCAUGGUCAUGAUGGUCAUUUUUAGCGGCCUGGCUAUUGGAUCAGAUGGUUUCAACGCCUCGAUUAUUGGUAACAUUGAAUUGUUAAUGGCAGUAAUCUACCCCAAAUCACUGACCACCGCGGUCGCGGCCCGCCUGUCGAAUGCCUUCAUGGUUGGUAUGAUCAUCGGCAUGCUGUCAUUCGGAUAUUUUUCCGACAAAGUUGGUCGCAAGGCUGGUGCAGUUCUCACCACAGUGAUCUUGGUCCUGGGAAUUGCCUUGAGUGCGGGUGCUAGUGGCCUAACAGAGGAUGGCAUGUUUUGGAUGCUAAUUAUUGCUCGAGGCAUUGCUGGUGUUGGAGCAGGCGGAGAGUAUCCUGUCGCUGGCGCUGGUGCCGCUGAAGCGACAGACGAAGCACCGGGCAUUCGCAAACGACGUGGCUUCAUCUUCGCGAUGAUUGGCGACCUAUCAGCCUCGCUUGGAUUUGCAUUCGGUGCACUUGUUCCAUUGAUUUUGCUCUUGUGUUUCCAUCAGCAAGUUCGCCAUUAUGAGGCUGUCUGGCGUGUGUCCCUGGCUAUGGGCGCGAUCCCGCCGCUUUCGAUCUUCUGGUUUCGUUAUCGGAUGGUGAUGAGCACAGCUUAUAAAAAGAGCUCGAUGAAAAAGCAGCCAGUUCCAUACUGGCUGGCUGCGAAGAAGUACUGGAGGCCUUUGCUGGGUGUUUGUGGGUCGUGGUUCAUAUACAACUAUAUCUCUUACCCGUUUGGUCUCUUCUCAUCCACCAUCGUCGGUCGCGUCAAUCCAUCCUCCUCGCUAGCACUGACAAUGGCCUGGGGCACACUCAUCAACUGCUUUUACAUCCCUGGUGCUUUUAUCGGUGGAUUCCUGUCGGAUAAAAUUGGCCGACGACGCACUAUGGCCCUAGGCUUCUUGCUCCAGGGGAUUCUCGGCUUCAUCCUUGGAGGAGCAUUGGGCCCCAUCCAGGAGAGACUUCCCCUGUUUAUAGUCCUAUAUGGCAUCUUCCUUACAUUGGGCGAAGUCGGACCUGGCUCGACUAUUGUUCUCACAGCUAGCGAGAGUUUUCCAACUGCUCUCCGCGGCCAUGGGGUUGGUUUCGCUGCUGCUUGGAGCAAGGCGGGUGCUGCGAUUGGCACACAAGUCUUCAAACCUAUUAUGGCUAGUUGGGGGGCCGAUAGCUUCAAAGGCACACAAGCGGUUUUUCUAAUCGGGUCAGGAUUUGCCAUUCUGGGCUCACUUAUCGCGUGGUUUGUCCUGGAGGAUAGUAACAAGAUCCUAGACCAUGGCGAUCAGGAGUGGAAGGAUUAUCUUGUUGCCCAUGGAUAUAAUAACAUUGAAUGGGGUGUUCAAGAACAAGGAACACUAGAUCUUGAAGGAAAGAUUGUGGAUUGA